AUGCUACUGACCAUCUUCGCAAUCAUCUUAUACACGACAACGUUCUGUGCCGCAUGGCCAGCUGUGGCUUAUGGACGUAAAGGACCAAGCAUUUGGGGACAAUGGCUGAAGCCUUCCAACCGAGAGCUUCACGACAAACUUGAAGCCAAGCGGCAAGUCUAUGCUCGCCAGCUGACCGGCUAUGGCUCUUGGGGCUCUGCAACAGGAUCUGGAACUUCUGGACAUUGGCUCUGGUCCAGCUAUGGCGACGACACCAAGCUCAGCCCGUACGCUCAAAGCGGAUACAGCCGAUGGGGAACAGUGAACUCCAGCACCCUGCCCGGCUGGGCCUCGUACAGUGGCAGCGGUAGACCUUGGGGCAAGAUCACUACGGGCAAUGCGAAUCCAUACAAAUCAGCUCCGAAGCCAAGUGCAGUGCGCAACUACAAGUUUAGUGUUGCGCACUGCGACAUCAAGCCAGAUGGAGUGGUGACGAAAGGUGCCGUCUGCAUCAAUGGACAAUUCCCUGGGCCGAUCAUCGAGGCCAAUUACGGAGAUACCAUCAACGUGGCCGUGACCAAUAACCUGCCGGAUGAAGGCACUUCCGUCCAUUGGCAUGGCUUCUUGCAACUGAAUAAUUGCCACAAUGAUGGCGUUCCAGGUGUUCAGCAGUGUCCCAUUGCUCCAGGAGAUACUUACACAUACACGAUGAAGGCCGAGCUGUAUGGCAGUUCGUGGUAUCAUACGCACUAUUCCGCGCAGUAUGCUGGAGGUGCAGUAGGUCCGAUUGUCAUCUACGGGCCUUCCAACUCUGGCUAUGAUGUCGAUGUCGGCCCAGUCAUGCUUCAUGAAUGGUAUCGCCAGGACUACUGGACUUCGAUCCAAUCCAUCUUCCGGCCGCUGAAGUCCGGAGGUCCUGUCGAACCCGUGGCAAACAGCAACCUCAUUGACGGCAAGAUGAGAUUCGACUGCAGCAAGACCAAGCUUCCAUGUGAGACCGCAAGCUAUGCAAAGUUCAAUUUCACGUCAGGCAAGAAUCAUAAGCUUCGUCUGAUGAACGUCGGUGCUGCAGCUGUGCAGAAGUUCAGCAUCGACAAUCAUACCAUGCAAGUCGUUGCUCAGGACUAUAUGCCUCUCAAGCCGUACAACACGUCAAUGGUGGCUCUUGCAGUGGGCCAACGCGCAGACGUCAUCGUCUUCGGGUCCGGGAAGAAAGGUGAGAAGUACUGGAUGAGGUCUAAUAUCGUGGGCUGUUCCCUCAACGACGGCGUCUUGACGGAAGCUCAAGCUGCGAUCUAUUAUCAAGGCGCUGACACCAAGACUUACCCGUCAGCACCUGCCAAUCAAGGACCAGCAACUGACCCAUCACCAAGAUCGUGUGCGAAUGAUCCUCUUGCCAACACUGAGCCAACGUAUCCACUGGCUGCUGCCACUCCCGACGUGACGCAGACGUUCGACAUCCGGACCAAGAACAACGGCACCAACAUCGUCUUCACAAUGGGCAACAAUACCUUCCGAGCCAACUUCAAUCAGCCUCUCCUCUGGAAAGCGCUGAACAAAACGCUGUACCAGGUCUCCGUGAAUCGCAACCUGUGGCAGGUGGAUGAAAACGCGAAAGUGGCUCGCGCAAUCAUCUACAACUACAACGAGGCUCCACAUCCAAUCCAUUACCAUGGCCACAAUAUGCAGAUCCUCAAUGUCGGCAUGGGAAAAUGGGACGGCACCAUCAUUCGUCCUUCCAACCCGCAGAGACGCGACGUGCAGUUGAUGGGACCUGGCACCGCAACGACUCCGAGUUUCCUGGUCGUGCAGUGGGACAUAGAUAAUCCAGGAGUAUGGCCGCUACAUUGUCAUUUCGCUUGGCAUUCUUCGAUGGGUCUGGUCGUUAAUGUCGUGGAGAAGAAGGAGUAUAUGCAAGAAAAGAUGAAAAAUGUUGCAGCGCUCAUCAGGCCGACUUGCGAUAAGUGGGAGGCUUGGAUGGCGAAGAAAGGUGGACCUCUCUUGACUGGCAUUGAUUCAGGACUGCGAAAGGCUAAGAGAGGGAAAUGA